AUGCGAUCCGAAUCCCUCCUUGUCCUGCUGUUCGCAGCAUUCGCAACGGCGCACAUUGUCAUCAGCUAUCCCGGAUGGCGAGGCAACAACCUCAUCACCAAUGAAACAUUCCCAUACGGCAUGCAGUGGAUGUACCCAUGCGGCGGCAUCGGAACGACCACGAACCGCACGUACUGGCCAACAACCGGCGGCGCCGUCGCCUUCCAGCCCGGCUGGUUCCGCGGCCACGAGCGGGCAAACAUCCAGGUCAACAUUGGCUUCGGCACCAACGGCCCUGACAACGGGCCCGUCGACAUGUCCAACCAGAUGGUCCCCGUCAUCCAGCUCCUCGGGCCCAGCAACGGGCCUUACCCCGGCACCGUCUGCUUCCCCCAGGUGCCCCUGCCCAAGGACGCCAACGUCUCGGUGGGCGACAAGGCGACCAUCCAGGUCGUCGAGCAGGCCCAGCACGGCGCAUCGCUCUUCUCGUGCGUUGACAUCGAGUUCGCCGCCCCCGGAGACCCAAAGAUCGAGAAAGUCAACGAGGACAACUGCUUCAACUCGACUGACUUCGGGUUCGCUGAGAUCUACGCAAUCGCGACCACGAACCCCGUCACCGGGAAAUCAUACGACAAUGUGAAGAACGACGCCGUCUCGACGAGGAGCAGCCUCGGCCUGAUCUCGACCGUCGUCGCCGCUGGGUUGUGGGCGCUUCUGUGA